GAUAUCGUUCAUUUAGCUCGGACUUCAGUGGUUUGUAUUCACGACAAGGUUGGUGGCCAUAAGGAGGAUAAUAAUAAUAAGUGUGGGCAAGCCAUUCUUCGGCGAAUGGGUCGGCUCGAGAUUGAUAACACAGCCUCGCAGAAAACCAGCGUGAACAACCACAACGUUGUGUUUUGCCGUCAUGGCGUCUUGGAGAGCAAGUCGUAUACUUAAAUUGGUAUCACCUGAUGCAACAUCUCAUACUCAAGACAAUCUGGUGGUUAAAAUCGACAAUACUAUUGUAGAAGAUCAACACAGUACAGCUAAAGAAAACGCAGAAAAUGUUUCCCCAAAUAAAAAUAUUGAUGUAAGUAGCUGUGAUGAGAUCUUAUCAGAUUGUGAUAGAGAUGAUCAAUUUGCCAACAAAAUUGAUGCUCGAUUUAUAAGUUCCCGUAAAACAGAUAAUAGUAGUCUUACUACACACACAUCAAUAAUAAGAACAUUGCAAACAAACCUCGUACCAGAUUAUGACAGUGAUGAUUCAUCCAUAAAUGAUAAUAAUAACUUAGAAAACAUUGAAACUUGUACUGAAAUUGAUCAAAGCAUUCAAAAAGCACUGCCGAAAUCUUCUUCUUCAAGCUCGUCUACAUCAAGCUCGUCUUCAUCGAACUCUACCUCCUCUGGUAGUUCAUCUUCGGAUUCAGACAGUUCUACGUCUUCUAAACGAACUAAUCAACAUUCUGAACAAUACGCCAAUGGUGUAAGACCACAGAGCGCUUCAACUUCCACUCUACCUGCCAAUAUUUCACCAAAUUAUACUGAUGAAAGUGAUAAUAUAGACUUAAGUGAUGACGACCCUACAUUUAAUUAUGAACUGUCUACCAAACGCAAAAAGAAAAACUAUUUUUUUGAUGCCACCAAAACAGACUCAUCUGACAGUGACGACGAUAGUGUUUCAGAUUCUGAUAGAAAGAAGCUUAGUAAAAGAGGGCGCAAGCGAUCUCUAAAUCCUGCAAAGUGGAAACAAAAUAAAGUUAAAAAGCUACGGAACACUGGUGAAUCGUAUAUAUCCAUAUCGAAAUCUCAGAAAGUUAUUCCCAGCCGCUGUCUUAAAGUGCCUUGCACAGAUAAAUGUAGAUUAAAAUGCACAACUAAUAUAUCAAUGGAUGAAAGGUAUAAUAUAUUCAAAGAAUUUUGGGAUUUAGGAGACCUGACAAGACAAAGAGUUUUUAUAAGCAGUUGUAUGGUAGACAUAACUCCAAAAUAUAGGUACACAAAUGCUACAAAUCCCAGACGCCCAAAUAAAGCCUAUAAUUUUACUGUUAAUAAUAAAAAAAUAAGGGUAUGUAAGACAUUUUUUAAAUCUACUUUGGAUGUUACGGACAGAAUGAUAUUCACCAUACAGCAUAAAGUAAGUGACGGUGGCUUUAUGCUUGAAGAUUUGAGAGGGAAACACCAUAGCCACAAAACUCUCCCUCCUGAAUUGAUUGACGACAUACGGAAGCAUAUUCAAUCCAUUCCGAAAAUAGAGUCACACUAUGUGAGAGCUACUUCUACCAGAGAAUACAUUGACGGUGGUAAAACUAUAAAGGAUUUGUAUUCAGAUUUUGUUAAACAACAAGAAGAAAAUAACAAAGAGACAGGAAAUUACAUAGCAUACUAUAAAAUAUUCACUCUAGAAUUUAAUUUAAGUUUUUUCCAGCCAAAAAAAGACCAGUGUGAUUUAUGUGAAUCAUUUAAAAACAGUACUGAUGAAAAAAAGAGAGAGCUGGAAGAUAAAUAUAAUAAACACAUAGAAGAAAAGUCAUUGAGUAGAAUAGAAAAACAAGAAGAUCGUAAAAAAGUUACCAAAGAUAAUAUAGUCGCAAUUUAUGAUUUAGAAGCAGUGCUCCAAUGUCCAAGAGGUGAUACCUCGGCAUUUUAUUAUAAAUCCAAACUUAACAGUUACAAUUUAACAUUAACGGAAUUGACACAAACGGAGUCAAAAACGGCAUAUGAUAAAGUACAUUGUUAUUUUUGGACAGAAUCAGAAGCUAAACGUGGGGCAAUAGAAAUAGGAACUUGUGUAUGGCAGUAUCUUGAAGGGAUAUGUGAAUCAAAUAUAGAAGAGAAAAACGUUACAUUUUAUUCUGAUAACUGUUGCGGACAGAAUAAAAAUAAAUAUAUCGCAACAUUGUAUUUAUUUGCUGUGAACACGUUGAAUAUAAGAAGUAUAAAACACAAGUUUUUAAUCACAGGGCACACUCAAAAUGAAGCGGAUAGCGUGCACAGCUUAAUAGAAAAAGAGAUAAAGAAAAAUCUUAAAUCAGGGCCCAUUUACAGCCCUGAUCAGUACAUAGCUUUAAUUAAAAAUGCUAAAAAAAGUAAACCAGCUAUAAAUGUACACGAAUUAACCUUUGAUUCCUUCGUUGAUACUAAAAUAUUGCAGGAAGAAUGGGGUUACAAUUAUAAUACAAAUAUGGACGGACAAACAGUUAAUUGGAAUAAUAUAAAAGUAUUGAUGAUGAAAAAAGAGAAACCAUUCAGUAUUUUUUACAAAACUUCCUACAAAGAUGAUUGUUUCCAAGAAAUAGAUGUAAGAAAUAAAAGGAAGAAGAUGAAGCUCAUAACAGAAAUUACACUAAAAAAGGCUUACACGGAAAGGCAAGAUAUAAGUCUUAAUAAAAAGAAGGAUUUAAGAGAUCUCGUCAAUAAAGGACUUAUUCCUCCUUUUUACGCAAAUUUUUAUAAUUCGAUCAUUAACUAGAGUUACUUCAUUGAUCUCAUAAUAAUUCAUUAAAAUUUUAGUGAUUUUGUUUGUCUAUAAUAUUUUUAGAAACAUCGUUUUUUUUUUUGUUUUUAUAAUUAAGAAGAGUUUUAGUUUUGUUAUUAAGUAUAACUAAUAUUAGUCAAGUAUAACAUUAUGAUUGUUUAACAUUGUGAUUCCACG